AUGGGCAAUGUUCUGCGGAAAAGCCUCAGCAACCAGCGAUGCCUCCUGGCGAAACGCGAUAAGAAGCUGAUUCGCAAAAGCUGGCGCAAGUUCUGCGAGCGGAACCCGGACUACGGCGGGCGCAUCUUCAUCGGCAUGUUCACCAAGCACCCCGAGUACCUGCAGCUGUUCCCCAGGUUCAGGGACAAGGAACUGCGCGCGCUUCGCGACGACGCCAAAUUCCGGGCGCACGCAUGCGCCGUGGGCCACCAGCUGUCGGCCAUCGUCGAGUGCAUCGAGGACGACGAGGUGCUCGUCGAACUGAUCCGCAAGAACGCCGCCAAUCAUCUGCCGCGGGCCGGCGUACGGCCCGCGAACUUCGAGGGCCUCUUCGCCGCCGCACUCGAGCAGAUGGUGGCCAGCAACAGAGCACUCAUGACGCCAGCCACCGUGAACGCGUGGGAGAGGCUUUUCGAGGUGAGAGUGCACUUCUUAGGCACCACCGCACCCUUUUCGAGAGAGGAGGAGUGUUCCUUGCUGCAGGUGGACCUAGACUUGACGUGUUUUAUUUUAGUCUUAGAAUAGCCGAAUAAUAGACCCCGCCCCCUUCCCAAGAAAAAAGGAAAAAAAACGCCACCUUCUGUUGAAUACUAACGCACAAAACCGCCACUCUUUCAGACCUACAGCCUGACAUAAGUUGCCGGCACUUGCUCCAUGAGAGCGCCACUAACCUAACAUUGCCUAUCGAACGCGGCAGGAUCUGCAGUCCAUCACUUUACGUCUGCCGUGAUAUAGCAAGUUGGGCGAGUUGGUUUCCGUUCAUAAUGAUACCGAGUCAAAAAAAAA